AUGAAGGAGACCCCAGAAUCUCACUUCUUUAAGGUUGAUCUUCCUGGGCUUAAGAAAAAGAAAGUGAAAGUUGAGGUUGAAGAUGACAGGGUGCUUCAAAUCAGCUGCGAGAGGAAGAUAGAAAAGGAAGAUAAGAAUGAUUUGUGGCGCCUUGUGGAGAGGAGCAGUGGAAAGUUCUCGAGAAGGUUUAGGUUGUCGGAGAAUGUGAAGAUGGAUCAAGUUAAAGCUUCUAUGGAGAAUGGGGUUCUUACCGUAACUGUUCCUAAGGUGGAAGUGAAGAAACCUGAUGUCAAAUCCAUUGACAUUUCUGGUUAA